CAGAAGUACAAAUGAAGCUGUGGAUGUCCGCCGUGCCUCCUUUUCAAGCUCCGCCCAUGUCUGCCAGUUGACCUAUGAACGGCUCUGUGCUAACUCGCACAUGCUCCCGACGUCACAUCUCUCUUUGGUCUUCCUGUCAACAUGGCGACAUCCAUGGCAUCCCAGGCUGCAGCAAGAGGACUGAGGACAGCGACCUCAAAGCACAUACUUCUGGACAAACUCAAGUGCACCUGGUUUAGUCCCAGGAGAUGGCUGAAUCUACAAGAGUACCAGAGCAAGAAGCUGAUGCAAGAGAGUGGCGUGGCUGUCCAACGCUUCUACGUGGCCGACACAGCUUCGGAGGCCUUGGAGGCUGCAAAGAGACUCAAUGCCAAGGAGAUCGUGUUGAAAGCUCAGAUUCUGGCUGGGGGCAGAGGCAAGGGUGUGUUUGACAGUGGCCUUAAAGGUGGAGUGCACUUAACUAAGGACCCUGCUGAGGUUGGUGAACUGGCCAAUAAGAUGCUGGGUUUCAAUCUAACUACUAAGCAGACACCGAAAGAUGGAGUGAAAGUGAAAACGGUGAUGGUUGCUGAGGCCCUGGACAUUACUAGAGAGACCUACUUUGCCAUCCUGAUGGACCGCGCCUGUAAUGGUCCUGUCAUGGUAGGCAGCCCUCAGGGAGGUAUGGAUAUCGAGGAGGUAGCUGCCAACUCCCCAGAACUCAUCUUUAAGGAAGUCAUAGAUAUACUUGAAGGUGUACGAGACGACCAGGCGCUGUGCAUGGCAGCUAAUUUGGGUUUCAAAGGACCUCUGCAGAGACAGGCAGCAGAUCAGAUUAAGAGGCUCUAUGAUCUGUUCCUGAAAGUCGACGCCACUCAAGUAGAAGUCAAUCCUCUUGGAGAAACCCCCGAAGGACAAGUGGUUUGCUUUGAUGCUAAGAUCAACUUUGACGACAAUGCCGAGUUCCGUCAGAAAGCUGUGUUUGCCAUGGACGACAUGACUGAGAGUGACCCUACAGAGACGGAGGCAGCCAAGUGGGACCUCAAAUAUAUCGGACUGGACGGAAAUAUCGCCUGCUUUGUGAAUGGAGCCGGUUUGGCCAUGGCCACAUGUGACAUCAUUGACCUGCAUGGAGGAAAGCCGGCUAACUUUCUGGACCUGGGGGGAGGAGUCAAAGAGAGACAGGUUUACGAGGCUUUUAAACUGCUGACAGCUGACCCUAAGGUUGAGGCCAUCCUUGUCAACAUCUUUGGUGGGAUUGUCAACUGUGCUAUCAUCGCCAACGGUAUCACCAAGGCCUGUAGAGAGCUGGAGCUAAAGGUGCCACUGGUGGUCAGGCUUGAAGGGACUAACGUCCAUGAGGCCAAGAGGAUUCUGUCCGAGAGCGGCCUGCCCAUCACAGCAGCAGAGAACCUGGAUGACGCUGCCAAGAAAGCAGUGGCUGCCAUCAAGAAAUAGGAAACUCUUAGUGUAACAUCACCAGGCUCAUGUCCACCCAUCACCAACAUUAAUGCAGUCUCAGAUCAUCACCGUCAGCCUUUUCUUACACAUACAGACCUCCAGGACGUUAAGCCUUUGCUCUCAUUGGCCUUUACUUUUCUUUGUUAUAACACAAGCUACCCAAAAAUACUUUCAUUGCCAAUUCAGUAACUACGUUUUUUUGAGAUGCUGUUUCACCUCAACACCUUAAAAAAUUUAAAUUUUAGUCACGUCACCUAUGCAGUGUAAAUUAGCUGCUUUUAAAUUCUUCAAACACAAUCUAUAUUAUAUUUAUACAAAUUGAAAUAAAUCACUCUAAUUCUCAGGCUUGUCAACAUAAUCUUGGUCCUGGAACGCUCUAGUGACCUCAGUCAGAAAUUAGAUGGAGACCCAACACUUUGUGCAUUCCAUUUUCCAAGGUGAAAGAUGCUGCCUACUCUGUGCAUAAUGUGGAAUAUGUAUGGAAUAUAAGUUAAAUAAAGAUUUUCACCAUAAAGCUCUAGUGCAUAACUUUUUGAUAAUAAUGAACAUCCCUCACAUUCAAGUCAUUGCCAAAUGAGUUGCUACGAAGCUAAUUAAGACUAUCAGAAACUGAUAAAACUGUCUCUGUAUUUCUCAGCAUGGCUAUGUUCAUGAAAUGGUGUCGUCUGGAAACUUUUGCACUCAAAAAUUUGAUAGUAAUUACCUCUUCUAAAGAGUUUCUUUUUUAUUCUUCAUGUCCUCCUUGGCUACUUGCAACCGCGCGGAUGAGGGUAUGGGGCACGGUGUUGUCAUAGAGCUGCAGUGUGUAGAUUCUGUCGUCCCAAUGAGGAAUUCUAAGCAAUAAUAACACCACUGUUGUUGCAUCCACAAGACACAAGCCUUCCGUGAUCGCGCACCGCCCCCACCCCUCCUCCACGCAGUUACUUGUAGCCAGGGAGAACACGGAGGAUAGAAAAACAUGAACCAUUAUUAUUAUCUUCACUCGAGUUUCUGUGCUCAAAAGUCGCCAUCGUCACGCAGCACGGUGGCUAAGUGGUUAGCACUUCUGCCUCACAGCAAGAAGGUGCUUGGUUCGAAUCCAGGUCGUUCCGGGCCUUUCUGUGUGGAGUUUGCAUGUUCUCCAUGUGUUUGCGUGGGUUUCCUCUGGGUGCUCCAGUUUCUUCCCACCAUAAAAAACAUGCAUCCUAGGUAGGACUACAGUUGAAAACUGGCGCAUUUACAGAAAUGUUCAUUAAUGUGCAUUGUCCUAAUCAAAUUAAUAAAUAAAAAUAAAAAAAAACCAGCCAUGCUGAGAAAUACAGAGAGAGUUUUGUGGAGCUGAUAGUCUUUGUAUCAACUCAUUUAGCAAUGGCUUGAAUGUAACAGACGUUUGUUAAUAUAAAAAAAGUUAUGCACUAAAGUUUUAAAGGUACAAACCGCUCGUUCUUUGAAACGCUCAUCCAUUUUCAUGGCACUUAACACUAUUCUGUCUGUUUUCCAAGUGACAAACGAAUCCAUGAAUCCAUCCAAUGCCUCAUCUGUGAAUUAAAUGAGGUGGAUGAAGUACCUACGCUGUGAAUUUUAUACAUCAUGUCUUAAUUGUUAAGUGAUCGAUGGCUAUGAGUGUUAACUGUUCAGAUCUGUGCCUAUUUCAUGACUGCUUGUAAUCUAAGAGUUUUGUAAACUAUCUUUCAGUACCAGCAGUAGUUUCAUACAGAGUGAGAAAAAUGCAAUUGUACUUAUUGUAGCUUUUUUAUAAUCAUGAAUGUAUAUUAGCAGUAUAUCCUGAAUACAGUUUCAAUUCUGUGUUUAUAAUUUUAGAUUAAAAAGAAAUAUUUCAAGA